CAUACUGGGCUGUCUGUGGUCCUAACACUAUAAAAGUGAGGACACAACUGCUGGAGAUCCACAUCAGUGCUGAACUUCACUGUCUGCACAAUGAAGAUCUUCAUACUCUUGGCUCUGGUUGGUGUCAGUGUCUGUAAUGAUUAUGGCGGAAACUAUCAACCACCAAUAAUGUGUGGGCCUGGUGGAUAUGGCUCAUCAGGUCAGGGUGGUGGAUCUUGGCAAUCAGGUAAUGGUGGUGGACGUUUCUCAGGUCACAGCCAAGAAUUAUCAGUCCAUGGUGGUGGAGGUUCCGCAGAUCACAGCGGAGAAUUAUCAGUCCAUGGUGGUGGAGGUUCCCCAGAUCACAGCGGAGAAUUAUCAGGCCAUGGUGGAGGUUCCUCAGGUCACAGCGGAGAAUUAUCAGGCCAUGGUGGUGGAGGUUCUUGGUCUUCAUGGUCAUCUUGGUCAUCAUCUUCCUCCUCAUCAUCAUCUUUCCAGUGUGAUUCAAAAUACAAAAAUGACUUUGCCAAUGAUGACAAGUGCCUGAAACAUGCGUUGGAGAACGUCGAUAAUCUUGGAAAAGUUGGCCAAAAGAUCAUCUGUAAAGUUAAAGAACAUAAGGAAAAUAUGACAAAGGAAUAUUUCAAUGAAUUGAAGGAUGAAUUAGGAAACUUUGUGGGAUGCACAGGCUGUGGUGUCGGUCAUGUCAUUGGUUUACAAAAACCAUUGGGAGAGCUGGGAUUUGGAGUCGGUACUACUGGGUCAGAAUUAGUCGAAGCCGUUGAAAAACUUGCGGAUAACUUGGGUCUGGUUAAACCUGUUCUUAACAUUCUCUGCCCCAUGCUCGGUCCACUAUUUGCCUCAGAAUGUGUAAAGAAGCUCAUCGGCAACGACGUUUCAGCUGUGACCGAAAAUGUGAAGAACUUAUUAUGCAAGAAAGAAGAAGAUCUGGAUGUUAAACUGACUAUAGGAUUACUGAAAAAUGUCGGCUGUCUGCUGGAUGACGGGCUGGGAACUGACGAUACAUUGGAAGAUCUGACCGAAGAUGUUGGUGAAGCUGUUGCUCCAGCAGUGAAGGGCGUUGUGAGGACUAUGAAGGAUAACCACCUUACUGGUAGCGUUGUGAAUGUAUUAUGCCCAGUGGGAAAACUUGUGGAUGAUAUAGUGAAUGGCGGUGAUAGUAGUCCUCUUGAUCUUGGUGGUCUUCUUGGAGGAGGUGAUGAUGAUGAUGAUGGAGGUCUUCUUGAUAAUCUUCUUGGAGGAGGCGGUAAUGGUGGUGGUCUUCUUGGAGGAGGCGGUAAUGGUGGUGGUCUUCUUGGUAGUAUUGGUCGCAGGCGCUAGGUCGGGCAAACAAACCUUCACAUAGUUUUGGAACUCAGGAUCCCAACACCGAUGAGUCCGACACCGAAGAAAUGGAUCACAUGACGAUUUUCUGAAAAUUCUCUCAAUCGUCUCUUUACAGAUUUCUCUAAUUCUUUAUCGUUGAUUGUUACCAAAUUUUCUCUCUUCUAAUCAAAUCUUAUAUCAGAAAAUUAAUUUUCUUCUAAUCAAACUUUAAAUCAAUAAAUUUCCUGC